CAUAGCAAAGAAACAAAAGAGUAAUGGAGUGGCCACUCCUCUGUCUUGCCAUUUUCUUAUUAUUAUCGUCAUCUCAUCCGCUCGUUGCUUCAGAUGAUAGACUAUCUCCUGGCGAAUCCAUGUCCCUGAAUGAGACCUUAGUCUCUGAUGGCGGGGCCUUUGCUCUAGGCUUCUUCCCCCUUGGUAAUUCCCCUCCUAAUCUCUACCUUGCUAUAUGGUACAAUAAUAUUGCUCAGAAGACAAUCGUUUGGGUUGCCAAUAGAGAAAAACCGAUCAAUGUUUCAUCGGCGAUUCUCACAAUCUCAAACGAUAGCAAUCUCCUUCUCGUGGAUUCAAAAGGAAGUGUCUUCUGGUCAUCAAAUGUCAAGAACAAUGGUUCAUCAAAAAAUAGUAACCCAGCCGCUGUUUUAUUGAAUGACGGCAAUCUUGUACUUAGAGAUGGCAGUGAUACCAUUUUAUGGCAGAGUUUUGAUCACCUUACCGACACCUUUCUCCCUGGAAUGAAGUUUAAAAUCAGUUAUAAGACCCACGAAGCCAGUAGGUUAACAUCUUGGAAAGAUCCACAGGACCCCUCCUUGGGGAACUUCUCUUACGGUGGUGAUCCUAACACUUAUUUCGAGGCCUUCACGUGGCAGGGUUCCCAGCCUUACUGGCGACGCAGGGUGUGGGAUGGGAGAUUGUAUUCUGCACGUCAAGUGACAAAUUCCAGUUAUAUGACAUAUCAAACUGUCAUAGCUACUGCUGAUGAUGAGUUCUACGUGACAUACAGUCUCUCCGAUGGGUCGUCGAAUAUUAGGAUCAAACUAGACCAUUCAGGCCAACUCCAACUCCUUGGAUGGGAUUCUAGCUUGAAUAAUUGGAGAAUUGCUACAGCAGAGCCUUCUAGCACGUGUGACAAAUAUGGCCACUGUGGUACUUUUGGGUAUUGUGAUAGGACUGAAUCAGUACCAGCAUGUAAAUGUAUGGAAGGUUUUGAGCCCAAGUUUCAGAGUGAUUGGAAUAGAAGAAAUUUUUCUGGAGGUUGUGUCAGGAGGACACCCUUGAAGUGUGGUAGUAGGGAUGUGUUUUCAAUUCUGGGAAGCAUGAAACUGCCAGAUCAGUUCUUAUAUUUGAGGAAUAAGACUAUCGGGGAAUGCAAAGCUGAAUGCAUUGCCAACUGUCUUUGUAAUGCUUAUGCCUAUGCCAAUUUGAGCAUGGGGACUCGUAAUGUUUCACGGUGUUUGGUUUGGACGGGAGAAUUGAUUGAUGCUGAGAUGUUUGGCAGUGAAGGAGAGAAUCUCUACCUGCGUCUUGUUGGCUCGGAACUGGGCAGUAAGAGAAAUAAAAGGAUAAUUAUCAUUGUAGCAGUACUUCUCUCUGGAGCAAUUCUUUUGACCAUUUUAACUUACCUGGCAUGGAAUUUUAGAGAUAAAAUAAGAGGGAUAUGGAAGGAUGGAAAGGAUAAAGGGUGGCCACUUGAUGACCUGAGUUUGAGUACAGAUUUUCCCAAGGACUUGUCAAUUUCUAGUGGAUAUGGUAAGCCUGGUCAUGGCCCUAGACUUCCACUAAUAAAUUUCGAAAGCAUAGCAGUUGCCACAAAUAAUUUCUCUGAUUCGCAUAAGCUUGGACAAGGAGGAUUUGGCAAGGUUUACAAGGGUAAGCUGCCUAGGGGGCAAGAGAUUGCUAUUAAAAGGCUUAGCAGGAAUUCUGGGCAAGGGUUAGAGGAAUUCAAAAAUGAGGUUUCAUUGAUUGCCAAAUUACAGCACAGAAAUUUGGUUAGACUUCUCGGUUGCUGCAUUCAAGGAGAAGAAAGGCUAUUGAUCUAUGAGUAUAUGCCUAAUAAAAGCUUGGAUGCCUUUCUCUUUGAUCCAGCAAAGAAACACCUAUUAGACUGGCAAAGGCGCUUUAGCAUAAUUAAAGGAAUUGCUCGAGGGCUCCUAUAUCUUCACCAAGAUUCAAGAUUAAGAAUAAUUCAUCGAGAUCUUAAAGCUGCCAACAUUUUGCUUGAUCAAGAUAUGAACCCAAAGAUUUCUGACUUUGGCAUGGCAAGAAUCUUUGGUGGUGACCAGAAUGAAGUAAAUACUAAUCGCAUUGUUGGAACAUAUGGUUAUAUGUCUCCUGAAUAUGGAAUGGGAGGGCUCUUUUCUGUGAAAUCAGAUGUCUAUAGCUUUGGGGUAUUGAUCUUGGAGAUUGUGAGCAGUUCACGAAAUAGUAGCUUUCAUCUCACUAUGGAUUCUCCAGGUUUGCUAGCUUAUGCAUGGGAACUAUGGAAGGAAGGCAGGGCAAAGGAUGUUAUAGACAUAUCUUUACUCGAGUCGUGUUCGCCUGAUGAAGUGCUCAGAUGCAUACUUGUUGGGCUUUUGUGUGUGCAGGACCACUCAAAUGAUCGGCCAACCAUGUCAUCUGUUGUUUCCAUGCUAGAGAAUGAAACAACAAUAAAUCUUAUACCUAGACAGCCCACUUUUACUAUAGGGAGAAAGCUAGAUGAAUGUGAUGCCCGGAUGCAGAAUAUUGAGAUAUUUUCUGCAAAUAACUUAACCAAUACCAUGGCAGAGGGACGGUAGAAGCUUAAGGAUUCUCUAAGGUUAGUUGCCCACCCUUGUCAUUCAUUCUAGGAUUGCAGCUUUCUAAAUAUGAAAACUCAUAUUGACAUUUUGUGAAUGGAGCACUUUUCAAGAUUUUAUUGAUCUGCUAUAGAAGCUUAUUGGUCUACAAAGUUAAAGAAAAUCAAGAAGUGGAAGAAUUUUGAGUUUAUUUUGAUGAAAGUAGUACUGUGAGGUUGUUCUGCAGUGGGCAUCUUUGGGUUAUUUUUGAAGAUAUCUGACUGAGGAAUGGAGAAGAGAUGUGGUAAUAACAGGAGAGCACAUUUCAGUUGAGAAGUUAGUCAGCAUAUUUUUAUUCAAUCCUGUGCAUCUUAUUACAUCCUAUUAUAAUUCUGCACAAUCAUAAAGAAAAGAUAUUGGUUCACAA